AUGUCUAACCCCGUUCCUGAACCCAUCGCCAUCGUUGGCUCCUCCUGUCGCUUUCCCGGCUCAGCCUCCUCCCCCUCCAAACUUUGGGACCUCCUCCGCCAGCCCCGAGACGUGCGGCGAGAGUUGAACGCCCAGAACCUCAACCUCCAGCGCUUCUACCACCCGUCCGGGGACACCCAUGGCUCGACCGACGUCAAGGGCCAGGGCUACCUGCUGGCCGAAGACAGUCGGCUCUUCGACCCGGCCUUCUUCGGCAUCAGCCCCUUCGAGGCCGACACCAUCGACCCGCAACAGCGCAUCCUGCUGGAAGCCGUCUACGAGACCUUCGAGAGCGCCGGCUACACGCUCAGCCAGAUGCGCGGGUCGCAGACCUCAGUGCACGUCGGUGUGAUGACCGACGACUACCACGACAUCCAGGUGCGCGACCUCGAGAGCAUCCCGCAAUACACCAGCACGGGGACCUCGCGGAGUAUCCUGGCGAACCGCAUCUCGUAUGUUUUCGACUUGCACGGGCCCUCGGUCACCGUCGACACUGCCUGCUCCAGCUCGCUGGUAGCCCUGCACCAGGCGGUCCAGAGUCUGCAGCUCGGGGAGGUCAACUGUGCGGUGGUGGGCGGGGUUAACCUGAUCUUCGACGCCGUCAUGUACGUCGCCGAAUCGAAGCUGCACAUGCUCUCCCCGGACUCGCAGUCGCGCAUGUGGGACAAGACCGCCAACGGCUAUGCGCGCGGAGAGGGCGCCGCCGCCAUCCUGCUGAAGCCACUCAGCCAGGCUAUCCGCGACAAUGACCACAUCGAGGGCUUGAUCCGGGGCAGCGGGAUCAACUCCGACGGCCAGAGCCAGGGAAUCACUAUGCCUACAUCGGCAGCCCAGGCGGCCCUCAUUCGGAGCACAUACGAGCGGGCCGGCCUCGACCCCAUCAGGGAUCGGUGUCAGUACUUCGAGUGUCACGGCACGGGCACGGCCGCGGGUGACCCCGUCGAGGCGCAAGCGAUCAGUGAGGCCCUCCUCGGGGAGGAUGCCUCCACAGGCGAGAAAAUAGGCGACGAGAAUUCACCCCUAUAUGUCGGCUCAAUCAAGACUGUUACUGGUCACCUGGAAGGGUGUGCCGGUCUGGCCGGUGUCCUGAAGGCGCUGGUCUCCAUCAAGCAUCGCACCAUCCCGCCCAACAUGCUCUUCAAUGAGCUGAACCCCAAGAUCGAGCCGUACUACGGUCCUAUGCAGAUCGCGACCGCGCCCGUUCCCUGGCCCAAGCUCGCUCCGGGGGUGCCUCUUCGCGUGAGCGUCAACAGCUUCGGGUUCGGUGGUACCAACGCCCACGUCAUCUUGGAUAGCUACGAGACUCCAGAACAGGAACCCAUUGAACCCGUCGUUGAAGGUAGUGCGCCACUCGGCCCCAUUGUGCUCUCCGCUCACUCCGGCGCCUCACUCUUGGGCAACGCCGAGGGACUCCUACAGUACCUGCAGGAAAACCCGUCGGUAGACUUGUCGGACCUCAGCUACGUGCUGCAGACCCGCCGAACAGCGCACCGGGCGCGGGCUUUCUUUUCCUCGUCCUCACACCAGGGCUUGGUCAGCGGCCUGCAGAAGUUCAUCAACGACAACAAGAAAGUGGCGAAGAAGGAGACAAUCGGGAUCCGCCACCAGGCAAUCAACCCCAGCGAGACGCCCGGCAUCCUGGGCGUGUUCACUGGUCAAGGCGCCCAGUGGCCCGGCAUGGGCCGAAUGCUGCUCGAUCACUCCCCGCUGUUCCGGGAGGUGCUCGACCGGUGCGAUGCCGUGCUCCAGGCGCUGCCCGACCGUCCCGAAUGGCUCCUCGUGGACGAGCUGCGCAAGGAUGCCGAUACCUCCCGCGUCGGCGAAGCUGCCAUCUCCCAGCCAGUGUGCACGGCCAUCCAGCUCGGUCUCCUGGAAGUGCUGUUCGCCAGCGGGAUCGACUUCGACGCCGUGGUCGGCCACUCGUCUGGCGAGAUUGCGGCCGUCUACGCCUGUGGCAUUAUCUCCCUGGACGCGGCGAUGCAGAUUGCCUUCUACCGCGGCAAAUACGCCGGUCUGGCGCAUGGAGCGAACGGGGAGCGCGGCGCGAUGAUGGCCGUGGGGAUCAGCUAUAGCGAAGCGCAGCGGUUCUGCAGGCAGCCCGAGUACCAGGGCCGAAUCAGCGUGGCGGCCAGCAACGGCGUCCAGAGCGUCACCUUGUCCGGGGACAGCGAUGCCAUCCAGCAGGCCAAGGAGCACUUCGACCGCGAGAACGUGUUCGCCCGCCAGCUGAAGGUCGACACCGCCUACCACUCGCACCACAUGCAGCGCUGCGCCGGCCCUUACCUCCAGUCCCUCGAGGCCUGCGACAUCCAGGUCCGCCGCCCGCGCGACGGCUGCUUCUGGAACUCUAGCGUCCGCGGCGACACCGAGCUGCUGCGGGGAGACCUCCAGUCCCUCAAGGGACCCUACUGGGUCCAGAACAUGGUGCAGACGGUGCUGUUCUCGCAGGCAGUGCGCUCCUCGAUCUGGCACGGCGGUCCGUUUGAUUUGGCCAUCGAAGUCGGCCCGCACCCUGCGCUGAAGGGCCCCACGGAGCAGACCCUGGAGUCCGCUUUCGGCACCGCCCCGUCUUAUACCGGUGUUCUCAAGCGUGGCGCGAGCGAUGUCGAGGCGCUAUCCGACGCAAUCGGCUUCAUCUGGGCACAUUUGGGGCCGCAGUUUGUCAGCUUCGCGGGUCUCCGACGCGCCUUGGUGCCGGAAGGCAGUCGCCGCGCUCCCAGGCUCUUGAAGGACCUCCCGUCGUACUCCUGGGACCACGACCGGGUCUAUUGGCGGGAGUCUCGCAUCUCGGCGCGAUUCCGCAAGGGUAAUGAUGUGUUCCAUGAGCUGCUGGGCCGCCGCACGCCCGACGACACCGAUCGGGAGCUGCGCUGGCGCAACGUCCUCAAGCUCAGCGAGCUGCCGUGGGUCAAGGGCCACGAGAUCAUGGGCGAGCCCCUGCUGCCUGGUGCCUCGUACGUCGCGCUGGCGUUCCAGGCCGGGCAAGCGAUCGCCGCCGGCAAAGCCGUGCAGUUAAUGGAGGUGCAGGACGUGGAGAUCCGGCGGCCCAUCGUAGUUCCGGAUUCGCGCGAGGGCCAGGACACGAUCUUCACUGUGCGGCUGCUGGAGAGCGGCGACCCCAAGGUCAUCGAGGGUCAUUUCUCCUACUGCUACUGUUCGGACCCCAGCACGGGCGCCAUGGUCCACACCUGCGAGGGCCGCUUGAUCAUCCACCUGGGCGAGACCGAGGGCGACGAGCUGCCCCCCAGCGCCCCGUCGCCGCCCAACUUGCUCCUCGUCGACAGCGAGGAAGGCUACGAGGUGCUGGCGCAGGCGGGUCUGAACUACACGGGCAUCUUCCAUCGCCUGCAGGACGUCGAACGCCGGCUGGACUUCGCCAAGGCCAAGGCCGAGUGGUCGGCCGAGGAGCUGCGCGGGGGAUACGUCGUCCACCCUGCCUUGCUGGAUGUGUCCUUCCAGAAUCUGUUCCACGCCCGCGCGGACCCCAGCGCUGGAAAGCUGCCGACCAGCGUGCUGCCCGUGCAUAUCAGACGCGUGGCCGUGAACCCAAGGGUCACCCUUGGGGCGGAGGCCGGCACCAUCCGCACGGUGACCCAGUCCUUCAUCACGGCCCGCAACGGCCUGUCGCUCAGCGGUGACAUCCAUAUCUAUGAUGGUGUGACCGGAGAAGCCGCGCUGCAGGUGGAGGCCCUCUCAGUGAAGCCUAUCGCGCCGCCCACGGCGGAGCAAGACCGCCGGCUCUUCUUCGACACCGUCUUUAUGGCUGACCCGUCGCUCUCGCUGCUCGAGCCGCUGCGCGACCCCGGCGACGUCGAGCGCGAUACCGCCCUCGUGGCCGACAUCGACCGUGCUGUGCUCUACUACGUGCAGCGGGUGCUCGAGCAAGUCGACCCCAGCGAGGUAGCCGGGCUCUCGUGGUAUUUCCAGCGCAUGCUGGACUGCUUCGAGCACUGGGUGCAGGUGGUCCGCGAGGACUCUCACCCGCUGGCCCAGAGCAGCUGGCUUGACGACCGGAUCGAGGUCAUCGAGGAGAUCUUCAACCGCUGGCCCGGCCAGAUCGAUAUCGAGAUCGUGCGCGCCGUGGGCGAGAACCUCAUGGAUGUGUUGCAUGGCAAGACCCAGAUGCUGGAAGUCUUGAUGAAGGAUGACCGCUUCGGCCGCAUGUACUACGAGGGCUGCGGUUUCGCCGUCGUCAAUGCCGGCAUGCGCAACGUUCUGCAGCAGAUCUCGAACAAGUACCCCCAGGCCAACUACCUGGAGAUUGGUGCUGGAACGGGUUCCACGUCCCACGCCAUCCUGCAAUCAAUCGGGAAGAGCUUCGACACCUACACCUAUACCGACAUCUCCACCGGUUUCUUCGAGAACGCGGCCAAGCGCUUCUCGGAGUUCGCCAGCAAGAUGGUGUUCAAGACGCUGGAUGUGGAGAAAGACGUGGUCCCGCAGGGGUAUGCCUUGCACUCCUACGACGUCGUCGUCGCCUCCAACGUUCUGCACGCCACGGGCAGCAUGGAGGUCACCCUCGCACAUGCCCGGUCGCUGCUCAAGCCCGGUGGCUUCCUGCUGCUGGUGGAAAUCACCGGUAUUGAAAUCAUGCGUAUCGGCUUCUGUAUGGCCGGCCUGCCCGGCUGGUGGCUGGGCGCGAAGGAAGGCCGCCGCUUCCACCCCGGCAUGACCACCGAGGACUGGGAUCGCACCCUGCAGGAUACUGGCUACUCGGGCGUGGACCUGGUCUAUCACGACCUGCCAGACGCUAACAAGCACUGCAUGUCUUUCAUGGUCAGCCAGGCGGUCGACGAGACCGUGCUGAAGCUGCGCGAGCCGCUGGGAUACAUCAACAGUGUGCCCCAGACUGACUCGCUGCUCGUCAUCGGUGGCCACACCCUCCCGGUCUCCAAGCUCACAACCGCCAUUCAACGCCAAGUCGGACCCUCUUGGCGCAGCCGCGUGGUCGUUGCCCGCGAUCUCGAGGCCGUAGAUUUCUCCCGCCUCUCGUCGCGCAUGGAUGUGGUGUGUUUGCAGGAGCUGGACGCGCCGCUGUUCGCCGCGCCCAUCUCCCAGAAGAAGCUCAAGGCCCUGCAGGCGAUUUUCCUGCGCGCGCGGAACGUGCUCUGGGUCACCAAGAGCCGGCGAUCGGAGAACCCCUACCAGAACAUGUUCUUGGGAAUGUCGCGCGCCAUCUGCAAGGAGCUGCCGCAGGUUUCCAUCCAGUCCUUGGAUGUGGAGUCGAUCACCAACACCAGUCUCUCCGCGCGGACGGUACUGGAAGGCUUUGUACGGAUGAAGAUCUUGUCGGCGGUGGACGAGCAAACGCCUCUGCUGUGGACCCGCGAGCAGGAGCUGGUCAUCGACGGGAAUGAGACUCUGAUCGCCCGUCUGCGUCCCAACCAGGAGCUGAACGACCGAUACAAUGCGCGCUACCGCACGGUCACGAAGGCUGCGCCCGGCUCCGAUGCGACAAUCCGCCUCGUCCAACAGGGUGACAAGCUAGCCUUGAUCGAGGCAGACAACCGUGGUCUCGCUGAUGACGCCGAGGAUGUGAGGGUCAAGGCAGCUUUCUCACUGACAGUUCCCGGCGGUGACAAGCAGGAAACGCUCUACCUCACGGUUGGACACCAGGUUGACGUGGGAACUCCGGUGCUGGCCAUCUCGCAUGUUGAUGCCUCUGUGGUGAGCGUGCCGCAGACGGAUGUCAUCCCCAUCGACGAGACGGCUUGCGACGCAAUUGUCCUCGAGAGACUAGGUGACCAGAUCUUCGCCGAUGCGCUGCUGAGCGCCGUCCCCGCUGGGCAGUCCGUGAUUUUCUACCGGCCUCGGCGUGGUCUAGCCGCUGUCAUUGCUGCCACGGCUGAGCAGCGCGCGAUCGAGGUGUUCUUCGUGUGCUCAUCCACUACAGACGCAGAGGUUCCCAGCGAUUGGAUCCGGAUCCACCCCCACAGUUCUCCACGAGUCAUUCCAAGCCUGGUUCCUCGCCAGGACUCGAUCUUUGUGAACUGCUCGGGUUGCACGGACUAUCUCGGAUCCAGUAUCCAAUCCGCACUAUCAUCUCCUUGGGCAGUUUCGAAGCUGGACAGUGGGGUGUUCCAGAAGGGGCUCGAUCUCCUGCGAGCUGACGGCUCACUUGCUGCAGGAUACGCCGCUCUUCAAGACCGCCUCUUCGCCUUGAAUGCAGAGUUGCCGGUGUCGGGUGAAAUCACCAUUCUGAACGUUGAUCAGCUUGCACGCGUUGAUGCCUCGAUCCUGCAAAUCACACACAUCACUUCGUGGACUGAAACGACUGAUUCUCUGAGCCUGGUCGUCCAGCCUCCCGACCUGACCACUCUAUUCGAUCCCGCCAAGACAUACCUGAUGGUCGGUAUGGCCGGUGGUCUCGGCCUGUCGAUCUGUGAGUGGGCCCUGAAGCACGGAGUGAAGCACAUGGUCAUCACCAGUCGCAACCCGAACAUUCAUCCUCGCUGGCUGGCGGAUGCGCGCCACAAGGGCGCCAGCGUGCAUGUCGAGUCGAUGGAUGUCACGGACCGGGCGUCGGUUCAGUCCACGGUGCGCCAGAUCAGGAACACCCUGCCUCCCAUCGCCGGUGUCUGCAACGCGGCCAUGGUGCUGACCGAUCGAAUGUUCGUCAACAUGGAUGCGGACGCGGUCAACCGCGUCCUGAAGCCCAAGGUGGACGGGUCCAAGCACCUGGACGAGGUGUUUGCCGACACGCCCUUGGACUUCUUCGUUCUCCUCUCCUCUUGCGGUGCAACCAUCGGCACUCAGGGCCAAUCCAACUACCACGCCGCGAACAUGUUCAUGUCCGCCUUGGCCGCUCAGCGUCGCGAGCGGGGGCUGGCCGCCUCGGUCGUCCACAUCGGCUUCGUCACCGAUGUCGGCUACACCACCCGGCAGGAGCGGGCGAUCUGGGAGAUCUUCGCUCGCCUGCAGUUCAAAUUCAUCUCCGAGAUGGAUGUGCACCACGCGUUCGCCGAGGCCAUCAUCUCCGGCCGACCGGACAGCCACCGCCCGUGUGAAGUGGGCGUCGGUAUGGACCCUCUGACGGAGCCCUUGCCGGCCGGCCACAAGCCAGCCUGGACCUCCGAUCCGCGCUUCUCGCACUAUUUGCCAUCCACCAAUGUCCGGAACGAGGUGGUGGCUCGAUCAGGCCAGGAUGACCUCAAGGAGCGGUUCCGCGAGGUGAGCAGCGAAGCCGAGGCUGUGGAGCUCGCGCAGGAGGCGUUUUCGGCCAAGCUUGAAACCAUGAUGCAAUUGCCUGCAGGAAGCGUCUCGGUCCAGGUGUCGCUGAUCGAGCUGGGUAUCGACUCGCUCGUGGCCGUGGAGAUCCGCACCUGGUUCCUGCGCGAGCUGGGCGCCGACAUCCCCGUCCUCAAGAUCCUGGGAGGAGACUCCAUCGCCCAACUGUGCACCAACGCGGCAAAACAGCUGCUCGCCCAGCAGCUGGAGCAAACGGCCUUCUCUAAGGCAGAGGAGGUCGAGACCGAAAGCACGACUGUGGACGAGUCUCAGGACUCGUCGCAGACUCCAUCCGAAGCCCCGGAAACCGCCGAAACCAGCUCCCUCGGGGCCGCCGACCAAGAUCUGUCAUCUGCGAGCAGCUCUCCCAGCGUCGUUGAUCCCACCGACGAGAAGGACGGCCACGAAGCCGGGGUGAACGUAGGACAAGACCCCCUCCCCGAUGUGCGACGCGACGCUGACGAUGAUGACUAUGGCCAAGGUAUAAUCGAGAGCGAGCGUCUCUCGUCUGGUCAGUCGCGGAUCUACAUUCUCUCGCAGUUCCUCAACAACCCGACCGCGUACAACCUCAUGUUCCAGUUCGAGAUUGACGGCCACCUGGACAUGGAGCGCCUCCGCAACGCGCUCGCCCUCACCAUGCAGCACCAUGAGUCCCUGCGCACGUGCUACUUCGUGCGCGAGGAGGACAAUCAGCCCAUGCAGGGCGUGCUCGUCUCCCCCAUCGUGCGCUUCCGCCAUGUCGCCGACGCGACGGCCGACGACAUCGCCGCGGAGGCGACUUUAGCCAAGACCCGGGUCUGGGACCUCGCCCGGGGCGAGACCAUGGAGAUGGCAGUGCUCUCAACCUCCGCGCAGUCGCACACCAUCAUUCUUUCCUAUCACCAUAUCAUCAUGGACACCACCGGCUGGCGCUUCUUUAUCCAGGACCUGUCCGCCGCCUACCGCAUGGAGCCCCUCCAGCACACUAGCAAGACCUAUCUGGAGUACACGCGCCGACAGUUCGAGCACCAGCAGACUGGGCAGUUUCAGGCCCAGCUGCAGUACUGGAAGAAUGAGUACUCCUCCGUCCCCCCCGUGUUGCCCUUGCUGCCCAUGUCCAAGACCAAGACGCGGCCCAGCACGCAAGACUUCCGCACCACCUACGAGUGGCAGGAGAUCGGGCCGGAGGUCGCGCAGGCGCUAAAGGCCGCGUGCCAGAAACUGCGGAUCACCGCCUUCCAUUUCCACCUGGCGGUGUUCCAGGUCGUGCUGUCGCAGCUGGCGGGCACCGACGACCUUUGCAUCGGGGUGGCGGAUGCCAAUCGGCUGGACGACGACUUCGCCGACACGGUGGGAUUCUUCAUGAACAUGCUGCCGGUGCGGUUCCGCGUGUCCCCGGACGCGCGGUUCGCGCAGAUCGCGCAGACGACGGCGCGCAAGGUCCUGGGCGCGGUGCAGAACUCGGCCGUGCCGCUGGACAUGAUCUUGGACGACCUGCACGUGGCGCGCUCCUCUGCCCACACCCCGUUAUUCCAGGUCGCCGUCAACUACCGGCUGGGCGUCGUCAAGAAGAUCCCCUUCGCCGGCCACUUCCUGACCAUGGCCGACGUCCAGGAGGCCAAGAACCCCUACGACCUCAGCUUCGCCAUCAUCGAGUACGGCGCCGACGGCUUCGUCCUGGAGAUGGCCUGCCAGGAGUCCCUGUACGACGCGGCCGCCACCCGCACCAUCCUGGACACGUAUGUGCGCGUCUUGAAGGACGUGGUAGCAAUGACCCACACUCCCGUCGCCGACGUGCCCAUCCAUGCUCCCGACGCAGUCCUGGCGGCCCUCGAGCUCGGCCAGGGCCCUCGGGUGGACUUCCACUGGCCCGGGACGCUGUCGCAGAAGGUCCAGCUUGCGCAGAAAGCCCAUCGAGAGCAGGUCGCCAUUCGUGACGGUAGUCAGGCGCUGACGUAUGCUCAGCUCGCGGAGCGGGUGAACGCGAUUGCUGCAGCUUUGAAGGCUGCAGGUCAAACGGCCGACUCCCGGGUCGCCGUCUUGUGCCAGCCCUCAGUCGACUUCACGGCCUCGAUGCUCGCCAUUCUCCAUAUUGGCGCGGUCUAUAUCCCGCUGGACGUCAGUCUGCCUCCAGCGCGGCAUACGGCCAUCGUCGCCAGUGCGCGGCCUAGCGUGGUGCUCUGCCACGAGGCCACUCUUGAGCGCGCUGCCCAGCUUGGCGUCGGGAAGGAGAACCUCGCCUUGCAGGCCAUCAAUGUGGAUGAGAUCGAGGCUGCUUUCAAGAAGACGAUCCCUUGCACUGCACAGCCGCAAUCGCCCGCCGUGCUCCUGUACACGAGCGGCUCGACCGGCAAGCCCAAGGGGGUGGUGCUCUCGCAGAGCAACUUUGUCAACCACAUUGCGCUAAAGAUCGAGGCACUGGGUCUGCGGCCGGGAUGCGAGACCGUGCUGCAGCAGAGCUCGCUGGGCUUCGACAUGUCGCUGAUCCAGACCUUCUGCGCUCUCUGCACGGGGGGCACGUUGGUGAUCGUGCCGUACGAGUCGCGCCGCGAUGCGCUCCACAUCACCCGACUGAUGCACCAGCACCAAGUCACCAUGACCAUCGCCACGCCCUCCGAGUAUCUGACCUGGCUGCACUACGGGCGGGACUCGCUGGCCGAGUGCGCCGGCUGGCGGUGGGCGUGCAUGGGCGGCGAAGCGGUCCAUCGCUCCCUGCUGCACGAAUUCCAGCGGCUGGGCCUCGCAUCCCUGUCGUAUCUGAACUGCUACGGCCCGACCGAGAUUACCGCCGCGGCCACCUUCCACCGCAUCUCGCUGGAGACCAGGGAGGAGGAUGAGCCUGAAUCCCAGAGUACGGUCGGCAAGGCUCUGCCCAACUACGCGCUGCGGAUCGUCGAUGCGGCGGGCCGGCCUCAGCCGGUCGGAUUCCGCGGGGAGAUCUGCAUCGGUGGCGCCGGGCUGGCGAUGGGCUACUGGGGGUCGCCGGAAGAGACAACGAAGCGCUUCGUCACGGACCGAGCAUCGCCAUCGACAAGAUGGUAUUGCACGGGCGACCAAGGUCGAUUGACGGCGGAUGGGACGCUGGUUUUCCAGGGUCGGCUGGAAGGGAGCACGCAGGUUAAGUUGCGCGGGCUUCGGAUCGAGCUGGAGGAGGUGGAAGGGGCUCUGCUGCAAGCAGGGGCGUCGCUGUUCUCGACAGUCGUGGUCACCAUGCGAGACGAUCUCCUAGUGGCCCAUGCGACAACGGUCGGUGACCGGACAGGUGAGAUCGAGCCGGCGGUGAUCGCGGACCUGUUGACGAACCUGCCUCUGCCGCAGUACAUGUGUCCAGCCCAGGUAGUCAUUGUCGACGAGUUGCCCCGUACCAGCAAUGGCAAGAUUGACCGCAACGCCCUGGCCACCGCGCCGCUUUCUUCGGCGUCUCGUUCUUGUGGUGAUGCCAGUCAGCACGGUACUGCACCUAAGCUGAGCCUUCGUCAGGGCGAGCUCCGCAUUCUUUGGGAGAAGGUCUUGCCGCCGACCAGGCACGCGCUGACGGCCGAGUCGGACUUCUUCCUCGAAGGCGGCAACUCCCUGCGGUUGAUCAAACUGCAGCACGCCAUCAAAGAAGCGAUGGCGGUCUCCAUUUCCACCCGCGAGCUGUACGAGGCCUCGACGCUGCGCCAGAUGACCGCGCGGAUCGACCUCCAGCGCGAGCACCAGGUCAUCGAGAACGAGGCCAUCGACUGGGAGGCCGAGACAGCCGUUCCCAAGUCUCUGGUGACCGCGGCGCGGAACGCCAGCAAGCACUCUGCCGUCCGCAUGAACGACGAUCAAGCCAUCGAGGUGCUCCUGACCGGAGCCACGGGCUUUCUAGGCGGAUGCAUCCUGAACGAGCUGCUGCAGGACCCUCAGAUCCACAAAGUGCACUGCGUGGCCGUCCUACCCGACGAGCAGCGCCACCUGCCGGCCCAUGACAAGAUCGUCGCCUACACGGGGAGUCUUUCGUCUUCGACGCUGGGGCUCAACCCGUCCGAGUGCCUCGCGCUGCAGGAGGCCAUCGACGUGGUCAUCCACGCCGGCGCCAACGGCCACUGCCUCAACAACUACUCCUCCGUGCGCCAGGCCAACGUGCAUUCCACUCAGUUCCUGGCGUCCCUCUGCGCCCCGGCCGCCGUUCCCCUGCUCUACAUCUCCUCCAACCGAGUGCCCUUGCUCGCAGCCAACAACACCGCCCCGGUGCCGGGUCCCGUGGCCGCUGAGCCGCCCACCAAUGGCAGUGAAGGCUACACGGCGUCCAAGUGGGCCAGCGAGCAAUUCCUGCAGCGGGCCUCGGCGCUGACGGCGAUGCCCGUGGAGAUCCACCGCCCGUGCGUGGUGAUCGGCGACCAGGCGCCGACGUCGGACGCGCUGAACGCGAUCCUGCGCUACUCGCUGCAGAUGAAGGCCAUCCCGCGCUUCGCCAACGUGGAGGGGUACUUUGAUUUCAAGCGGGUUGAGGAGGUGGCGUGCGAGUUGACCGCCGCCGCCGUUCAGAUGAGUCGUCAUCGUGGCGCAGGGCCGCAGGGAGAGGAUUCUCCGCAGCAGCAGCAGCAGCAGCAGGUGCGCUUCCGGCAUCAUUCGAGUGGCAACAAGGUCGCGUUCCCGGCCAUGGUGGAGCAUAUGCGCACGCUUUAUGGGGAAGAGUUCGCGGAGGUGGAGUUCAUGGAGUGGAUUGCGCGGGCCCUCGAGGAGGGAAUGGAUCCGUUGAUCUCCAUCUAUCUGGAGAGUUUGGUGGAGAAGGGCGAGAUGUUGCGGUUCCCGUACAUGGGCGAGACGCUGGCUGUUUAG